GGGUGCGGGCUACAAAUAAACAACAGAUUAAGGUGAUUUCGGAUUUCCCUUUUUUUUCCAGUGGAAUUCACCGACAUAUCAUCAACAAUAAUAUUCUGACGAAUGCAAGAUGGAAGAAAUUGGCAACCCAAGAUCACCAGAACCUGACAGUCGUUGGACCUGUAAGAUUUGUACCCUGAUCAAUUCUGGUCAAGUCAACUCCUGUCAGGCUUGUGAAGCACCACGUCCUGAGGAUGAGCCUGUUGUAGUGGAUCUAACCAAACGAGAUGGUGACCCUGGCCCAGGACAACCAUCACCUGCCAGGGACGUCUCAAUGUUUAGAGCCGCAAAGAACUACAUCUCUGACCAAAUUAUCCCAGGGAUAAUCAAUUCUUUCAGCCCACCGUCGAGCCCACGUUCUCAGUCAGAGGCAAGGACAGCCAGGGAUGAAGAACCCUUAUCGCCCCAGAAAGGCAAAGGCAUACGGGUUGAAAUGAAGACUCCGGCAACUUCUUCAAGCAAGGAUUGGCCUUGUCAACGUUGUACAUUUAAAAAUGAGGAAACGGCUAUGUUUUGCGGCAUUUGUGCAGGCAGGCGACAGCCGUUCAUUCCGACCGAGAUACCUGACCAUCUUAUCUCUCCUUCUGUUCUUAAGCCGGGUACAGAGUUUCCAUUCCCUGAACAACUGACUGGAGUUGAAAAUAAUUCCUUUCUACCUUUAAAUCUUCAGAGUGACAUCCCGGGGGCAUCUGGAGGGACUUCACCGGAAUCGCCGUUCUACGCUUCAUCGUCGUCAUCAUCUCCUGUGAGUUCUCCAGAAGGGCUGGGUGAAAGGAUCAUUGACUUAACAGAGGAAGAUGUAGAACCCACAUCACCUAACCCCGGUGCAGAUGAUGGCACUAAGAAAUACCAGCACAGGACAGCGGUUCGUCGGAAAGGUUGGUCCUGUCAGCAGUGUACGUUGCACAAUGAAGAAAACUGCAAGAAGUGCAAAGUAUGUGGCUCCAGGAAGUCCAUUCAAGAUGAAAUCAAUGGCAGCUUGUUUCAGCCGAAGGAAAACGAGUGGGCAUGUCACGUUUGUACCUACAUCAACCUGGAUGAGAUGGUACAGUGCUGCAUGUGCGAAACCCAGCGGCCUUCUGUCAGUGGGGCCGUGGGAGGUGCAGUUUGGAGUUGCUCUGUCUGUAAGACCAUGAACCCUGAUGAAGCAGCAAGUUGUCAGAAGUGCAGCAACGAGCCUUUCAUGGAUGGGGAGACAACCGUUCAGCGGAGAGCUUUCAAGAGACAGAAGAGUGUCAUGACAGAAUCAAGGAGGAAACAAGAUGUGGCAUUAGCUCUGGAGAGGGUUAAUACCAUCAGACAGUCCUGUAAAAUGCUCAAUACAGAAUUCAUUGAUGACAGCUUCCCGCCUACCAGGGAUUCCUUGUUCUUCACCUCUUCCUCUGGGAAGCAACCCAAGGAUUUUCUGUGGUUACGCCCCUUGGCUGUUCAGCUCAAGGCCAGAGAUGAUAGUCCUUUGCCCUGGGAGGUGUUCAGGAACCCCAAACCAAGUGACAUAUCCCAGGGAUUGCUUGGAAAUUGCUGGUUUCUAAGUGCUCUGUCUGUGCUAGCCGAGAGGGCAGAUCUGCUGAAGCGUAUCAUGAUCACACACGAGGUCAACCCGGAAGGUGCCUAUCAAGUGCGGUUGUGCCGAGAUGGAAUAUGGGACAUGGUCCUCGUAGACGAUCUACUACCCUGCCAGGAACAAGGCUGCCUGGUGUACUCUAAGGCAAAGAGAAAGCAGCUAUGGGUACCACUGAUAGAGAAAGCUUUGGCCAAGAUGAGUGGAUGCUAUGAGGCAUUGACAGCCGGAAGAUGUAUAGAGGGUCUGGCUACACUGACAGGUGCACCAUGUGAGAGUGUACAGCUACAUGCAUCUGGAAAGGGUCGAAAGCCGGCGGAUCCUGACCUUGUAUGGGCCAAGCUGCUUAGCGCCAAGGAAGCCGGUUAUCUGAUGGGAGCAUCUUGUGGGAGUGGUAACAUGAAGAUUGACCCGCAGCUAUACCAAGACGUGGGACUGAGACCAAGACACUCAUACUCCGUGCUCGACAUCCAGGACAUCUGUGGAAAGAGGUUGAUACAGCUGCGGAAUCCUUGGGGUCACUUCUCUUGGAAUGGGGCGUGGUCCGAUGGCUCGGCUUUAUGGACUGACGUCAUGAAAGAAGCCCUCAUGGCCCAUGGUGCAAGCGAGGGAAUAUUUUGGAUGUCACUCGGUGACAUGAUCAAGUAUUUUGACUGCAUAGACAUCUGCAAGGUUCGCCCCAAGUGGUCUGAAAACAGGGUAGCAGGGACUUUCCUACCCUCCUCGGCCACACCCAUGAAGGUCAUCAUCCUCAAGGUCACAGAGGCCACGGAAGUGGACUUCACUCUCUACCAGACGUGGAGGAGGCUGGAGAAGGCAUCCAGAAACCCGCUGGACCUGGCCUUAAUCGUCAUGAAGGCCAUCGGCAUGACGACCAGGGGCAUGUCAAAGGUCAUGACCUUCUGCAAGCGUCAGCUGCGGGCGUUUGUAGGUUGCAGUGCUUUCCUGGACCCGGGGAUCUAUGUGAUUGUACCUCUUGCUUUCAACCAUUGGAAGACUGGACAACCAACAAGUGGUCCAUCUAAGCCGGCAGUCAGCAACAGCAGCGCACACGACUACACACUGGCCAUACACAGCGCAAAGCCUAUAGAAGCAAGACAUAUGACGGGUUCCAAUGGAUGUUUGGCUGAUGCUGUAAUACAGCUGGCAAUACAGAAAGGCAAGAGACACGAGGGUCGAGAUGGUGUGACAUGCUACUAUCUGGACCACGGAUGGGCGGGAAUCUUCAUCGUGAUAGAGAAUCGUCGACCAGACUCGAACGUUCACAUCAAGUGCGACUGCAAUGGAAGCUUCAAUGUCACCUCGACGAGAGGGGAUCUUGUUACAGUUGACUGCGUACCAAAGUUACACAGGCAAGUGUUGACAGUUCUAACUCAAGUAGUGGACACAACGUACACAAUAUGUCAUCACAUCACCCAUCGUCUCUCAGCCAGCAAAGACCUCCAACCCUGGGCGCCAUCUGGGCUGCUGAACUCACCUCCCCUCACGAAAGACAUCUCAGGGUUGCAUAGUCCAAGGCCGAUGUGAAGUUGGUUCAACUAGCUCACCAUCACAUCACCCAUCGUCUCUCAGCUAGCAAAGACCUUCAGCCUCGGCCGCCAUCUGGACUACUGAACUAGCCUCCACUCACGAAAGACAUCUCAGGGUUGCACAGUCCAAGGCCAAUAGAACGUUAGUUCAACCAGCUCACCAUCAUAUCAUCCAGCUCACCAUCACACCAACCACCAUCUCUCAGACUGCAAGGACCUUCAGCCUUGGAUGUCAUCUGGACUGCUGAAACUCACCAAAAUAUAUCUGGCCUCCAUAGUCCCAGACCAAUAUGAAUCAAAUUCACACUUUGCCACACACCAUAACAUCACAAAUCAUCAUAUUGAAUUGAAUGGAAUUGAAUAUUAAAUUGGUGGAUUCAGUCUUGUCCCUUUACAAUGCUCUUAGCAAAGGAAACAUAUGACGAGUUUGCUUGAAACAGUAAUGAACAGUUGAAUCAGAUGGCAAUGACCUGUCUAGUUUAGUUAUCUGUGCCAUCAAAAUAGGCAUUGGAACAUGGUGUGAACUGUGUCCACAUAUCAUGGUCACUGUAAUGUUGGUCAUUGUACAGUGGGCUAGUUGUGCAGGUUUGUGUGUAAAAUAUUCAUAGGAAGGCAAAAGACUUUGUUUUCCUCAGUAUAGCAAUAUGUUGCCUUUGCUGCAUAAAACAUCUCAUAGCUUCUUAAUAAGUUCAAUCUUCUUCAUGUCUUCGGAUCAGUAAUGUAUUCCUCUGAUAAUACUCAUGCUAUCCACCCUUUUAUGUUACGUCUAUUGCAGCUCUGUUUUUACCCUGUAAAUGCGAGUUCCAUUUCUUACAGUGACUACUGUAUGAUUAUUUAUACAUUAUUAUGCAUAUUGUAUAUUCAAGUUAUAAGGUCUGAAAAGUCCUACCGCAGGGUUCUAAAUUAAUUACCAAUUGAUGGACUAGCAGGGAAUACCUUAGAAUCUUACUUAAAAACUCGGCAUAUACAAUCUGCAUAAUGAAAUGCGAUUUGGUGCCUCCAAAUUAUUGAAAGGCAGAAGCAAUACAAUAUAUAUAUACCGUUAUGUACAUACCAGGCUAUGUAUUCACAUAAUCACUUUAUUGUAGAUAUAUUUUGAUACUUUAGGGUAAGUAUUUUUAAUACUUUCUGCAGCGUAUUUUUGUAGCUUGCAAGUAUUUUGUACCGGCCAUUCAGAUAUUUUGUAUAAUGUUUCAGUUGAUGCUGAAAAGAGGAUGUAUAUACUUGAGUUUGGAGAUGAAUGUUAGUUUAUUUGAGACAUAUGUGUAUAUAUAUAUAUAUAUAUAUAGCUUUGCAUUAGAAACAUUCAGAGACGUGCAAUUAGAUUUAUAAAGGGUAAUAUUAGAGUACUUCAUCUCUACAAAGCCCUACAAAGUUUUUUUUAAGUCUCAUUUUAAUUUGCUUGUGCAGUUGAUCCAGUACUAGUACUUUGAAUUCAUUCGUGCAUUGUGAACUGUCCAAUUUUUUUUUAAAUUGAUAAUGAAUCUUAUUCACAGUUACGAAUCAUAGAAAACCUUCUGUUUUGCUGUACGAGGAACUAUUGGAGUGACUGAAAAUUAAUUAUGUAGGUAAUAUGCAAGUGCUGGCAGUUCUUUUCAGGACAGGGGAAGAAAGUUAAGAAGGUGUUGUACAUGUAUAUUAUAGCAAAUGCGCCGAUAAUCUGUGCAAAAAUAUAUGUGUCAUCUAACGUUUAUAUGUAGCCAUUGCAGCGAAACCUGUCUAUAAUGACCACCCGAGGGAGACAAGAUAAGUGGUCUUUAUUUAACCAAGAACAUAUUUCAUUGAGAAAUCAUUUUUUAAGAAAACAAAAAAUGUGGUCUUUCUAUACAGGUGGUCACUGGUCACUAAAGCAGGUUUGUACUAUUAUAUAGGUGCUUCAUGUGCUUGAAUGUGUGAUGUAAACCGUAUGCAGUAUUGUUUUUUUUAAAAUUCUAUAAUGUUUCAUAUUUGCAAAGUUUUGUGCGCUUUGAUGUUGGAAAGUAGUUGUAUUGAUAGUGAUGCAGACUGUUCAAAAGAUCACGACGUUUCAUGCGCCGCUGCUUCGUGAUCUUUUAGAUCCCUUGUUGACCCUACAUUGCGAGACAAACGUAUAUCUCUAGCGAUAUUAUUCUCGGUACUACAUCUGCAAUGAGUAGUAUAUUUAGCAUUAUUGUUCAUGGUCAUCUAAGGUUUACAGUACAUACAUGUUAGUUGCUAAAUGCAAUUUUUGUAUGCUCUUUUUUUAUUUAUUUCCAUGAGGAUUUUUUGACUUUUUACAAGUCAGCUCAGUAAUAAUAACAGAUAAAGUUGAGUACUGGGCCCUGUCUAAUAAAGACUUGCGAUUGAUUCAGAUCAAUCCCAAGUCCUCCAAUCAACCGCAAGUUUGUAGUCUCCUAUCUCUCAUGUACAUAGUUGUGAUUGAUAUAAAUCGAAAUAAGUUGCGAUUAAAAUCUACUGUUUAUAAGUUUAUUUUUCAAUUCAUAUUUCUUUGCUGCCAUCUUACAAAGUUCAGCCCUCAAACCUAUGCAAUUAUUCAAAUCUUAGUUCUGAUGUUUUAUAUUGCCAAUGAGGAGGAAAUUCAUAUAGCAACAAAAUUAUAUGAGAGAUUUCCAACUUAAUAUAUACUUAUGAAAUAAAAUGUAGUUUGUAAAUGUUGACUCUGUUUUGAGAUUUUAUAUGUAAUCGUAUUAUAUCAUUAUCCAGAUAUUAUCAGAUUCAGAAGAAUUAAACGUGUAACUUCAUAUAGAUCUAUUUAUACAAUACUGUACAUGUUCAGAAUUACUGAUAUGAUAGUAUUUUCAUUGUACAAUGUAUUUGAUAUCUUAGUCAAAGUCGUUUAGCUGUUUCACAUGUGUGUUCAGCAUUAUAUGCAAUACUGGUAUUCACCAAUAUGAAAAGCAAGGUCUGACAAUAAUGAAGUAUGAAUGAGUACCUUUAAGAGUAAAGACUAUAGGAUGCUAUUUUUUGCAUCCUGGGCAUCUCCAGAGUAAAAUAGACUGUUGUCUUUCGAUCAUUCAAAUGCUCAUCUUAUCAGCUAUAACUCUCUUUUGUUUCACUUUGCUUUCUUAGAUUUUAUGUGCAAUGUAUUUGUUAUCUCACCGCUUGUUGAUGUAAUGUUUUACCAAAGAUUCCCUUCAUGCUAUAGAAAUUUGUGUAUUGUGUAUUUUUGCAUAAUCAACAAAUGGUUUUAUGGUUGUCACUUUUGUACGUAAAGAUAAAUAUUAUGUUGGCACUGGAAUAUUAAAAUUUUCAAGAUGGAUCAUUAGUACUGCGACAGGAAA